UUUUUUUUUUUCCUUCUUUUUAUUUUUUUUUCCUUUCCUUUUUCACUUUUCCCUGUUUCACAGUAUGGUGGUCGAAGAGAGUUCUCACCUCUGAGAUCAUCGUGGAAAGGGUAGUCUAGGAAAUCACACACAAUUUCUUCGCAUUUCAAUUUUUAUCUAAUAAUAUAUAUAUAUUUUUUAAUUCAAGCUGCGAUUUGGAGUGUCACAAUAAAUUCAUUUAAUUAUACUCUGCACCCUUUUCUAUUUACUGUUUUUUUCUUGAAAAUAUUAUGCAGAAAAAAGUAUUUUGAAAAGGCAUUCAAAUUACAGGCAGCUAAAGAAUUCGUUGCAUCAUCAUCGACUGCCCUUUUUCCCUCCUCUUCAUGUAACCUUUUACUCUGCAAAUUUAUAAAAUUUAUGCUCUUUACCUUUUCUUUAUAGAUUGCUUGUUCAUAUGGUUAUUCUCUUAUAAUAUAUUCUGUUUAGGCGUGUGGGAUACCCUUGUUUUGUCCUAUUUUAACUUUAUUCAAGAACCAGGAUUGAUAAAUUUGUGACAGUUUCUACACUGAAUCUCGGAGAUAAUUCAUUGAGCCUGUUUAUGCAAUUGUUCGUGGAAACGGAGGUGCUAUAGUCCUAAUUUUAAUAAUAUUUGAAGAUGAGAGACCCUAAUGUGGUUACUACGUCGAAGAAGGGAAUUUUUAUAUGUGCGUUUUUCUUGUUUUUUGAGAAGAAAUUGUAGUUGUUUUUGCAUUAUUGGUAUUGUGUCCGAGUAAUUUUACAUUGCUCGGAGGAAGGUGGUGAUCUCUCGUGGAACGUUGAAGAUUUUUGGUUUUGUUUGAAGAAAUUGCAAUUGUUGACGUGUUUCGAGUAAUUCUGUAUUGCUCGGAGGAUUAUUUUGCGCAAGAAAACUGGCGAUUUUGUGUUGCAGCUUGUACAAAUUCCUGGCUGUUGGCAGAAAUCAAAACUGCCUCCACCACUGUGACAUACGGUUUGGCAAGCAAUGGGGGGUAGAUGGACGACUAAUCGAAUCCAGUUAUCUUGUUUUUUGCUUUUGAUUCUCGUUUUGCAGAUUCAAGUGGCCUGUUCUCUCAAUUCUGAAGGAUUAGCAUUGUUGGAAUUCCGAGCAAGGGUAGAUUGUGAUCCAUCUGGAGCAUUAGCAAAUUGGAAUCCUAAUGACUGUGACCCGUGCACCUGGUCAGGUGUUCAUUGUCUGAACGGUGGAGUGUAUAUGCUGGAUCUCAAUGGACAGUACUUGCAAGGAGUAUUGUCUCCCGAGCUUGGAAAUCUUACUCAUUUAAGAUUUCUUAACCUCUCCAAGAACCAUUUUUCGGGCAGCAUCCCUCCACAGCUCGGUCAGCUUGCGACACUGGAAGUGUUAGACUUAAGGAAUAAUAAUCUGAACGGAGCAGUUCCUGCAGAAUUAGGCAGACUACAUUCACUGAAACACUUGUUGCUUUGUAACAACAGAUUUGAAGGAAGCAUUCCUCUGGAGAUUGAGAAACUUAAUUUGCUGGCAGAUUUACAGUUCGAUGAGAAUUUUAAAACUGCUUCUGGAAUUGGCCGUGUGAAUAGAAAAAUUGGGCACUGCACGUGGCAGAGUGGUCAUGAACCAUCAAAGAAGCAAGAUUCUUUUCUGAUAUCAAUUACAGAGACCCUAAUCCAUCACUUCAAUCUGUUCUCUCUGUCCGGAAGAAAAUCAUUGCACCAUCAUGCUGAUAAUAGCUGUAGCAAUCAACCAAGUUCUCUUGAGCCAGAUGUCAUCGAAAAUGUAAAGAACCUGGCGCAUAAUGCACGUCGUAUACUAGUUGAACAGUCGAGUAAUCUUGCUGCAGCCCCCACCGAUAUUAGGUCGCCAUCAGAUCCUAUCAUCGCUCUUCCAAGCAGUAGGAGUAGCGGAUCAUUUUCAGCUGUACCAAAUAGGAAGAAACAGGCUCCUUUUCCUGUACCAUCACCCGUUCCACCUCCACAGCAUGAGCCAAGUAACACAACUAAUCCUCCUCCGGAUUCAUCUGCUGCUGCCAGUAAACCAAAUGAUAAGCAAUCUCCUACUGGUGAAACAUCUGGAAAUUCAUGGAAGUAUAUCAUUGGGAUUUCAAGCGCAGUUUUCCUGCUCAUUUUUGUAGCAGCCGUCUUUGUCAUCUGCAGAAGCAGAGCGGUUAAAACAAUUUGUCCUUGGAAGACUGGAUUGAGUGGACAGUUGCAGAAAGCAUUUGUUACGGGGGUCCCCAAGUUAAACAGAGACGAGCUAGAAACUGCAUGCGAGGAUUUCAGCAAUAUUAUCAAUGCAUUUGAAAAUAUAGCGACUGUGUACAAGGGAACUCUAUCCAGUGGAGUAGAGAUCGCUGUUGUCACAACUGCUAUAUCAUCUCUUAAAGAUUGGUCAAAACGUUGUGAAUUGAUAUUCCGGAAGAAGAUUGACAUGUUGUCGCGAGUGAAUCACAAGAAUUUUGUUAAUCUUAUUGGAUACUGCGAAGAGGAUGAACCUUUUACGAGGAUGAUGGUUUUGGAGUAUCCUCCAAAUGGCACUCUUUCCGAGCAUUUGCACGUUAAAGAACUUGAACAUCUUGACUGGAAUGCAAGGAUGAGGAUAAUCAUGGGGAUAGCUUAUUGCAUUCAGCACAUGCAUGAUUUGACUCCACCGCUGGCACAUUGCAACUUGACUUCAAAAUUCAUAUUUUUGACAGAUGAUUAUGCUCCUAAAGUUGCAGAGAUCGGCUUCUGGAAAGAACUCGUUGCCAAGUCAAAGAAUCUGGAAAAUGAUUCUGAGCAUUCUGAACUUCCACCACUUGCUGACGGUGAAACAAAUGUUUACAGCUUCGGAAUACUGUUGCUUGAAAUUAUCUCUGGAAAACUUCCAUACUCCGAAGAGCAAGGGCCUCUCAUCAACUGGGCUUCUGAAUACUUGAACGAUAUGAGGAAGAUCAACUACUUGAUCGAUCCAACCUUGAAGUCCUUCAAAGAUAACGAGCUCGAUGUGGUGUGUGAAGUAAUCCAAAGAUGCAUUCAACAAGAUGCACGAAAGAGGCCAACGAUGAAAGAAAUAGUUCAGAAAUUACGGGGAGUGAUUGAUGUAUCGCCUGAGGCAGCAGCACCAAGACUUUCUCCCCUCUGGUGGGCUGAGCUUGAGAUCUUAUCACAAGAAGCAGUUUAGUUUACUCUGUGUAUUGAAUAUAAGUCAAUUAUAUCUCAUUUUAAUGCAUACAAUUGUACCUUAUUUUUCUUCAACAAAGAAAUCACAACUCUAUUUCCUUUUAUUUCAUUUAUUUGUUGCAUCGUGUCAUUCUCAUCAUCCAUAUUAUUUAAUUAUUUAA